AUGUUAGGCCCCCGCGGCGUGACGCGAGCACGACAGCUCCGCCCCCUGCGUCUUUGGCCUCGCCGGCCUGGGGGGGAUGGUUCCAUCAUGGCGUCAAUGCAGAAACGACUACAGAAAGAGCUGUUGGCUUUGCAAAAUGAUCCACCUCCUGGGAUGACAUUAAAUGAAAAGAGUGUUCAAAAUUCAAUCACACAGUGGAUUGUAGACAUGGAAGGUGCACCAGGUACCUUAUAUGAAGGAGAAAAAUUUCAACUUUUAUUUAAAUUUAGUAGUCGAUAUCCUUUUGACUCUCCUCAGGUCAUGUUUACUGGUGAAAAUAUUCCUGUUCAUCCUCAUGUUUAUAGCAAUGGUCAUAUCUGUUUAUCCAUUCUAACAGAAGACUGGUCCCCAGCGCUCUCAGUCCAAUCAGUUUGUCUUAGCAUUAUUAGCAUGCUUUCCAGCUGCAAAGAAAAGAGACGUCCACCUGAUAAUUCUUUUUAUGUUCGAACAUGUAACAAGAAUCCAAAGAAAACGAAGUGGUGGUAUCAUGAUGAUACUUGUUGAUGCCACUUGUUGCUAUCAUCCUCCUAGCAGAAGAUAGUCCUACUGAGAAAAAAAAUGAGCACUUUGAUCAUUCAGUCUUUGAACUUUAACCUUUGACUGGAAGUGACCUAUAGGCAAUGAAGACUACUUCCUUUUACUGCAUUUUUACUUGUGUGCGUUCUGGGUGCAUGUUGGUCGCUGGUUCAAUCCAGGCAACUGACAUGCUUUUGUUAGUCAUACAGUAUUAAUGCAGGUGUCAGGAGAUGUCAAAUAUAAUUCCAUUUUUUAUUUUUAUUUUUUUAAGCUUUUGGAAAAGUUCCAGGUCCUCACAGAUUGUGCAAUACCAGUGACUUCCUUGACGGUUGUGGGACGUUCAUUGCCGGCAAUGGACGUUGUAAGAGGAAAGGUUUUCAGUACUUCCGCCACCAACAGAUGAAUGCAUGAUAAGGACUUAUGAAUUGAGCUUAGUGGUUAUAAUGGGAUUAUAAUUAAAGUGAGGGUCCAAUAGUACUUUGAAAGUCACCCCAACUGUUUAUAUUUGGAUUCUAUGCACUGUGAUCCUAAGGUUAUCAGCAUGAAUUAACAUGCGUCUUAAAAGACUGUAUGAAAUAUCAUUGUGUAUUUAUUGAGUUGUUGCUAUCUGCUGUCAAAUUGUUUUGACAUGAAAGGUUUUGAAGUAAUAUUGGCAGAGAGGUACAAUAUGUUAUCCCUAUGGUGAAAAUAAAUUCAUUUGUUGUAUAUAGUUCUUUGAAUCUCUGAAGUAAAGGUAUGAGUAAUAUAGGGUAUGAAUGGUUUAAUCAAGGAUUUAUUUUGGAAGUAAGAAAAAUGGCAGUGAUGACUCAAUUGCUGCAGUCCAUAAUUUGGGCUUGUAAUUUGUACAUUAAAGAUUUUUCCAAGUAGAUUACACUCUGUGACUUCCUACUAGCCAUCAGCAUGAGCUCUACUGCCUAAACACUAUUUCAUUUAUUUAUGUUUGAAAAUUCAUAACUUUUUUGUUUGCAAUCUUGUUUUUUAUGUUUUAAGUCAAGUUUGAAUGUUACAGUACUUUAAUAGAAAACUUUUGGUGUUUUUUUCUUGUAAAUUUUCUUUAAUGUAAGUAUCAUCUUGUCUUCAAUCCUGUACCCUAAAGUAAGAAAUACAUUUUUGACAGAGGCUUAAUGUUUUAACAAAAGUGUGGACAUUUUUAUUUUAAAAUCUAGGCAAAAAGUUCACUAUAAAGUGGUAUGUUUGCAUAUUUGUCUCACACAAUCAUUUUUUUCUGGUGGGAUUUGUUUUGUUUAGUUUUUGUUGUUUAAAAGUCUUUGCUUACAGCUAGAGAAAAUUUUCUAUAGGAAAACAAAAAGUUGGUGAAAGGUCCAAUUCUCAGUACUAAGUAAUUUAAUGAUACUGCAACUAGGUUCUCUUUUUAAAAAGCUAUUAAUGUAUUUUAUAAAUUGCCUUUUUCACAUAUGCAAAAUCUGUUUCUACUACAAUGUUAUUUUUACUAAUGCCUUAUUGUUGAGCUCUUUUAAAAAUAUCCUACAGUAAAUAUGUGAAUCAAUUUGGGCUUAAAAAUAAAGCCAAUUGCCUGAGAGGUUCAAAACAUGUACCCUAACUCAAUCAUACAAUCAAUAAUUGGCACAGAAUUUUAAAAGUAUUGUUUUUAAUCUCUGUAUAGAUGACAUUUUAUAGCUUUGUACAUGGUGUUAACUAAGGGCAUGUAAUUUUACACUCUAAAAAAGUAUAAUUGCUGAACUCAGGGGUGGAUAGACUUCAAAAAUAAGUCUGCUAUAGAAAUAAACUUGAAAACAAGUCAAGCCACCAAAUUGUGGGCACUGUUUAUAAAACUCCUAGUUAACAACUACCACUUUUUAAAAAGGAUACACAUUUUUGUUCCAUCGUGACUAGAUAUGCUUAAGUGUUCACAGUGGUCUCUUUCAGCUGCAUGAGUUGGCCUGUUUAACCACGACAAAUUUUUUGGAAUGCUUUGAAACUACUCUUAGAUUUUGGCUGCUUUUUAGUAUGAAAUUUACAGCUGUGAGUUAUGUAUUUUCAUAUUUUAUGUAAUUGCUCAAAACUACUGAUUGACUUGAUCAUUUUCCAGGAAAACAAGUAAUUCUCCAGACUGAUGGUCCUCUUACUAAAAUAAUUUUACAAAGAAAUGACCUGUGACAUUUAUUCACCAAAGCAAUUAAUAUACCAGGUCGGAGAUUAAUAAUGCUUUACGUUCUAUUAAUAGGUCAUAGAUACACUCAUUUGAGAUUUUUUUUUAAUUAACAAAAAAUUUUAAAAUUAAGAAUGUCCAUAUUUUAACAUACCGCUCUCUCUAGUUACAAAUAUUAUAAAAUAGAUAAAAUGAAGCAGACAAAAGUAAUGGAAAACCAAAUAAUUUUGGUAGUUUUAUGGCUUAAAGAAAAGAAAAUACAGUGAAAUAUUUAAAAUGUUGGAAUUUCAUCCAUUCAGAAACAUAAACAGAUAAAAUUUAUUCAUUAUACUCUUUGGAUUUAGGAAUUUCUGAAAACACCUUUGCACUUAGUUAUUAAAUUAAUUUUAAAUAUACAUUACAUUAUUAAAAGAUGUAAGCCCUUUGUCUAAAUCAUUGCUCUAGUAAGGGUGAUUAAUGGUUUGCUAUAAGAGUGUUUCUCUGUAAUGUAUUGUUGACUAACAAUGAGAAUACCAAGAAAUUGUACAUAGGAACAAGACAUUUCCCUUUUCCCUGCUUCCCCUCCCUUGGGCACUAUUUGCUACAUAGGCCUACAGGAUUAUACUUUCAUAUUUAGAAUAAGAUGUACUCUCUUCCCUUUUAUUUAUUUAUUUAUUUAUUUUAGGCCAUCCUCCAGUUUGCCAAAUUCUAUUAAGACAAUGAUACAUUCAGUUCCUUAUUUAUGUAUGUUUAGAUCAUGAACUCAGUGCCCUUUUAAAAAAAUGUCAAGUUAGGUAUCUAAAGCUAUAGAUUUUGAAGGGAAAUUGUAGCUAUUUUUUCUUUUAAGAGAACUUUAACACAUUUGUUGAUGACCUUUUUCUUAAAGAAUUAAUAUUUACCUUUAAAGUACUUACUUUUAAUGUGUAAUUCCUUACUUUAGAUAGUAAAGAAAUAAAGCAUUUCUCAUCCCCAGAAGAAAAUGCUGAAAAUAGCUGUUGGACUGGAUGGAGAAAGACCUUAAUCCUUACUGUUUUAGCUAGGUAUAUAAAUAUUUGUUGUAAAGUAAUUUAGAAUAGUUUUGUUUUUUUACUUUUUCCCUUAGGAAAUUUCAAACAAUAUGCAAAAAUAUAUAUAUCAUUAGGUUCCCGUGAUGGAUAAUUAUUUCUUUGGAAUCUGAAACAGGGAUCUGGUGACUGCUUAACUUGUUCCCAGAUUUCAUGAAAGAUGAAUUGAGAAAUGAAAAUGACUAUAGUGAUGAUUGAAAUGGUGUGUAACUGGUAAUCAAGUUAUUUUUUUAAAAAACCUAUUGUUUUUAAACAUUGAGAUAUUUAAAAUUUGUUAAAAUUUCUUGCUAAAAAUAGAAGAGGUACUGUGUGUUUAAAAACGUUUUUAAUAAAGAAUUCAGUGUCACUAGA